AAAAGAGAAACCAAAUAAAUCAGCAGAACAUAAACCAGGAAAGUCGUCAAAAGAGAAACCAGCUAAAUCAGCAGAACAUAAACCAGGAGAGUCGUCAAAAGAUAAACCAAAUAAAUCAGCAGAACAUAAACCAGGAGAGUCGUCAAAAGAUAAACCAAAUAAAUCAGCAGAACAUAAACCAGAAGAUAAACCAGAAAAGACAGCAACAAAGAAACCAGGCAAGAGGAACAGGAGACACAUGGUCAUACCUGUGGUUACCUGUGUGGACAAGUCCUUCUUCAGGAACACAGAGGCGUGUAUGCUGAAGCCGGAUGGCGGGCCGUGCUUUGGAAUCCUGCAACGCUACUUCUAUAACUCCACCUCCAUGAGCUGCCAGUCCUUCAGCUAUGGAGGCUGUGCUGGCAACCAGAACAACUUCCUGUCUGAGAGAGAAUGUCUGCAGAGCUGCCGCACUGAGGCAUCUUGCAGGCUUCCCAUGGCUGCCAGCCCCUGCUCCGGCCAGCCCCCCACAGCAACCAACUGCCCCUGGAUGAAACAUAGAACGGGGGAGAUGGCCGUCGGCAGCCUGGAGCUGGAGAAGGCCGACGCCCCGGGCAAGGUCACAACGACACGGACAUCAUACAGACAUGACGAAUGCAAGCAGACAUCAGGGGAGUAUGAGCUAAGCGACACACCUGGAAGAUUCAACUACCAUAUUGCCAAGUGGGGGGUUGACGUGGACACCUACGUGCUUCACACCGACUAUGACCAGUAUGCCAUCGUCAUCACGUCCAAGGAGAAGGCAGACCAAAACAGAAGCACCAGCGUAAAACUCUACUGCCGAACUAUGACAGCAGAUGAGACUGGGAUGGCAGAGUUCCACAGGGUCACAGGAACCCUGGGCCUGGAUACUGCAAAGGUCAUCAUCAAAAAGGACAAAGGAGAAUGUACACCAGGAGAACCAGCAGCUGUACCAUUAGAGUCAGUGAGCAGGAAGAGGAGGAAUGUUGUCUUACCUGUGCUCGCUGCCGAGGAGCAGGGCUCUGGGGAUGACACGUCCUUCUUCAGGAGCACAGAGGCGUGUAUGCUGCAGCCGGAUGGCGGGCCGUGCUUUGGACUCCUGCAGCGCUACUUCUAUAACUCCACCUCCAUGAGCUGCCAGUCCUUCGGCUAUGGAGGCUGCGCUGGCAACCAGAACAACUUCCUGUCCGAGAGAGAAUGUCUGCAGAGCUGCCGCACUGAGGCAUCUUGCAGGCUUCCCAUGGCUGCCAGCCCCUGCUCCGGCCAGCCCCCUGUCUGGGCCUUUGACUCUUCCAGAGGCCUCUGCCUCCCCUACAAGCAGGGCUACUGCCAGGGGAACAGCAACAAGUUCUACAGCAAGGCUGAGUGUGAGGAAUACUGUGGGGUGGUGAAGGAUGGAGAAGGAGAAUUCCUGCAGGCCAACUGACGGAGUCUAGAAAGAUAGACCACACACAUACAAGACAUACAGCUGACCUACUCAGCUUGUCACAGUCAAACAUAGCUUUGUCAGACAAUCAUACGCAGAAACUUAAUAAAACAGUAGAGAAAGCUGA